AUGGAGGAAAGGAUGAUGAUCAAAGAGAAAAAUGGUUAUUUUAAAUAUAUGGAUAUAUGGCAACACGUUUUCAUCACGAAAUCGUCACGGCAACCCUCAAAUCCGGACUCACCAGCUCCAGCUGGUGACGACGAUUCGGAUUAUUUAUUGGAUAUGCCUCUCAGUGAGGGAGCCGAUUCUCUACAGCGGUACACUUUGAGAAGGAGGCGAUGCCUUCAACAAAAAGAAGAAGAUGCUUGUUGUACCUCUACAUUAGCUGCAACAGCUGAUGACAUUCCUUCUUUUAAACCAUCGACAAAACGUUUUAAACCAGAUAGUCCUGGUGAAGCAAGAAAAUCUUGUAUUCGAAGUGUCUCAGAUUACUUAUAUCCCCCUGACGAUGGUACAUGCUAUUUUGAUCUUCUACCGGAAGAAUUAACAACUAAGAUAUUUACAUAUUUAUAUGAAAAAGAUUUAACAACAUGUACCUUAGUAUCACGAAAAUUUUAUAAAAUUUCAAAUAAACCCGACAUAUGGAAAUUUUUAUUUCAACAAGUUUUUGAAUAUACAACACCUUUAUAUCAUCCAUCACCUACUAAAUUUGAAUUUCGUGAACCACAUAGAUGGAAAGAUUGUCAAAAUCCAUGGAAAGAAAGUUUUAAACAAUUAAAAGAUGCUGUACAUGUUAGACCUAGUAGAGGUUCAUUAUAUGAAUCUCAUGCCGGUAGAAAUAUGAUUCAUUUUGAUACUAUAGAACUUGCUAUUAGAUUUUUAGAAACAACUAAUACUCCAGAACGUCUCAUCCUUAUACAUACGGGUAUAUAUCAUCCAUCACCAAUUUUAAUUAAUAAAGCAAUUCAAAUGAUUGGUGCUGCACCAGGAAAAAAUGUAAUGAAAAAAGUUAUUAUUGAAAAUUCAAUAGCAACAACAAUAUCAUUUAUUGAUGGAAGUAUUAAUGCUUAUCUAGGUUAUAUGACUAUACGUUUUAAUCCAGAUCGUAAUAGUACACAACCACAACAAUUAAAUUAUGCUAUACAAAUUGUUGAUGAAUCAACACCAACUAUUGAUAGAUGUAUUAUUUAUUCUUCAUCAGUUGUUGGAGCUGCAGUUUGUGUUAAAAAACAGACAGCAGAUCCAAAAAUGAAACAUUGUUCAAUUUGUGAUUGUGAAAAUGUUGGAAUAUUUAUAUGUGAUGGAGCACGAGGAACAUAUGAAGAUUGUGAAAUUGCACGUAAUAAUUUAGCCGGUGUAUGGGUUAAAAAUCAUGCUAAUCCAUUCUUUAGAAGAUGCCAUAUACAUCAUGGUAGAGAUGUUGGUAUUUUUACUUUUGAAUAUGGUAUGGGAUUUUUUGAAAAAUGUAAUAUACAUGGUAAUCGUAUAAGUGGUAUAGAAGUUAAAAAUCAUGCUAAUCCAACUGUAGUUCGUUGUGAAGUUCAUCAUGGUCAAACUGGUGGUAUAUAUGUUCAUGAAAAAGGACGUGGACAAUUUAUGGAAAAUCGUAUAUAUGCUAAUGCUUUUGCAGGUAUCUGGAUAACAGCUGGUUCAGAUCCUACAAUUAGAAAAAAUGAAAUUUUUACCGGUCAACAAGGUGGUGUUUAUAUUUUUAGUGAGGGAAGAGGUUUGAUAGAACAAAAUAAUAUUUAUGGUAAUGCUUUAGCUGGAAUACAAAUAAGAACAGGAUCUGAUCCAAUUGUACGACUAAAUAAAAUUCAUGAUGGUUUACAUGGUGGUAUAUAUGUUCAUGAGAAAGGUAAAGGUCUUAUUGAAGAAAAUGAAGUAUAUGGUAAUACAUUAGCUGGAAUUUGGGUAACAACUGGUUCUUCACCAAUUCUAAGAAAAAAUAGAAUACAUUCCGGUAAACAAGUUGGUGUAUAUUUUUAUGAUAAUGGACAUGGAUUAUUAGAAGAAAAUGAUAUUUUUAAUCAUUUAUAUUCUGGUGUACAAAUACGUACUGGAUCAAAUCCAAAAAUAACAAGAAAUAAAAUAUGGGGAGGACAAAAUGGUGGUGUUUUAGUGUACAAUGGAGGACUGGGUGUAUUAGAAGAUAAUGAGAUAUUUGAUAAUGCAAUGGCCGGAGUAUGGAUAAAGACUGAUUCUCAUCCAGUAUUAAGAAGAAAUAAAAUUUAUGAUGGUAGAGAUGGUGGUGUAUGUAUUUUUAAUAAAGGCCGUGGAUUAUUAGAAGAUAAUGAUAUAUAUAGGAAUGCACAAGCUGGUGUAUUAAUAUCAACAGAAUCUAAUCCAACAUUACGUCGUAAUAGAAUUUUUGAAGGUAAAGCAGCUGGUGUUGAAAUCACAAAUGGUGCUAGUGCUACACUUGAACAUAAUCAUUUGUUUCUUAAUAAAUUUGGUGGUUUAUGUCUUGCUACAGAUGUUCGUCCAAUAUUAAGGGAUAACAAAGUUUAUGAAAAUUAUAAUGCUGUUGAAAAGGCUGUCAGUAAAGGACAUUGUUUAUUUAAAAUUAGUUCAUGUACCUCAUUUCCAAUGCAUGAUUUUUAUAGAUGUAUAACAUGUAAUACAACAGAUAGGAAUGCAAUUUGUAUUAAUUGCAUAAAAGUAUGUCAUAAAGGGCAUGAAGUAGAAUUUGUCAGACACGACAGAUUUUUCUGUGACUGUGGUGCUGGUACAUUAGAUAAACAAACAUGUAGACUCCAGACAGAAAUUAGAGAUAAUGAUACUGUUUAUGAUUCCGCUACCCCUACAGAGACAGAAACACCAAGUACCCUAAAUAAUGGAUAG